CCUAGACUAAUGGUUGAUAUUCCAGUGAAUCUCUCGCUCCGUAGUGGAGUGGGAGGCGUACGUUGGCCUUUUCAUUGGAGCGCCAAGAUCUAAUCACUAGUGCAGCUUUCGCUACAUGACAUAAGAAAGGCCACAUGUAACUGAGGUUUGUAAUCCAAGCAAUAGCCGAACAAGGCUGGUACCGAGCUGUACAAGGGUUGGGGAUGGAUGUGUGACUGAACCUACAGAUAUCGGUCUAAGCCGCUGCUCUAUCGAGAUUGCACACUCGCGCAACACCAUACAUUCGAAUGAAGUAAAGAACCUGUAUACAGCUGUCAGGAAAGCGUGGAAAAGUUGCUUGCAUGCCUGCGACGAUGUCUGGGGAGGACGUGGGCCUGAAACGCGUAGUGUAGCAACCCCCGAUGCCUUCUUGGCGUCGCCCACGAACUUCGACAUUGUCGCAUGUCCUUUCAACCUCCCAUAUCUUCAAGAGUAAUGUAGUCUUAUCGCGAUGUCGUCAAUACCGCGGCGCAUCAUUCUCGUCGCAUCAUCGGUCUCCCUCCUCCUGUUCAUCGCAAUCUCGCUAGCAACAGCCAUCGAAGUACGCGCUCCAUCCACACCUGUCAUACAGAUCAACCUCGCGCAAGCUGCAAGAGUCGGAGAUGGCGACGAUAUCGUCGCGGCGAAAGCGCUGUUGAACGGCACGGAUUUCGACCGCGGCGAUGUGUACAACGGCAGCAGCAUCGUGUCCGGAGCGACGCUGGUCCCCACAACCAUGACCGAAACCCAGGACGGAAUGAUUGGCUUCACACCGGAACCACAAACGAGUGCUGAUUGGAGUGCUGAAGGUGUUUUGGGGCCUAUCGCUACGCCGAAACCAUCCGUCGCGCCUAAGCCUCAACCGCCGACCACUCCACAAAUACCGAUUCUCGCUCUCACAUACUCCGGUGCGGGCGGCCCUAAACACUGCCGUGGCGACCUCCUACAGAAGACGUAUUUUCCACCACCCCUCGAAACGUGGAAGAACGGUACAUGCAUCACUCUUCCAAGCGAAGCGCGAUGUGGCGUGUUCUAUUCGAACAAAGGCGACAACUGCGAGGCGCAACUGUUCAACAUGCCAGACUGCUAUAACACGACACGAUCGUACGUGAACACGGUCGUUUUCAUGCCCGAAGAAAGAGCAGUUGGUGCGCUUUGGAGCAGCAUGUGGGUGCGGUGUGGUGUCGACGUGCCUGAAGCCAAGAUGCUUGAUCCGAGUAUCCUUGGUGGCGCGUUGAAGAAGCCUGGCGGAGGUUGAAGCUAUCACCCAACGUAGAGCUGCGUCAACACUAUGCGCACAGACUCCUCAUAUGGUAUCGAAAGCAAUAGCUGUGUAUAGCCAUCAUAGCCUACGCCUCGUCCAU